CAAAGAUUGGAUUAGGAAUGGAGUGAAAAUCGACCGAGUCACGAAGCCCUCCCACUCGAAUCGAUAUUGAACUUUAGUUUCUUUCGAAUUUGGGUUAAAAAUUUGCUGACGUUGGUUGCUUGCGUGCCCAUCAGAGCAUCCACUCCCGUCUGAUGCAAUCAGGAACCCGUUUGCACACGUCGAAAAUGUUAAGCCAAAACGGGACCCAUUCGGGCAUGCAUCCGAGCGGAGGAAGGAACCUCGACAACGGUUGAAUGGGUUUGCAGACAGAGUCAGAUGUUGAGCUUUGAUGUACUACUACACCAUUAGAUAGACAGACCCUCGGCUCCUGCACAGAUGCCGCCCAAUGAAGAUUGACUAUGACACCGGUCAAUUUGUAUUUCUUAGAAAUGGGACCUGGACGCCAGAUAUUCCGCCGGAUUAUGUCUGGAGCUUAGAAAAAAAGAAGUCGUUCAUUUCCUAUACACAGAACCCGAUGUGUAUCGGUUUCGUACAUGUAAAAAGAGUGAUGAUGUAGAAGAAGAAGCCGUCGAUUCGGUUGGGGACCGCCACAUUCAAUCGUGCGCGUAGCAACCGCCGGCGUGCACACACAGGUAUCCACCUCCUCUUUUCCAACCCCCGCCUUGUUACUCUCCCGCACGACGUUAUAGGCAAAGAGUUUGGUGUCCGCGCGGGCCAGUCUGCGGGCCGCUGCAAUCCGGUACGCACCUGCAACUAUUCCCGCUAACCAGUGAUAUAUACAGUAAUGCUCAAGAGUGUAUCAGAUUUCUGAUCAAAAAAAGUGCAUCAUCAUUUUUCUGCGGGAAAAAUUUAAAAAAUGAGGAGAACCAAAAUCUCGGCGCUAAGUUGGCCGUUAAUGUUACGCCCUCAUCAUCUUCGAGCUCUGGCGAUUUUGGUCACGUUGGUCAGCCUGUCGCUUCUCUUUUCCACGUUCUCGAUGCGUUCCGGAGAGAACCGGAUGUGGAUGAUGGAUUCAGCCGGUCGUCAACAACAGUACACUGGCGGCAGAGUAGUCAUGUCGGCCGUCGAUCCGACGGCUUCCAGCGCCACAUCAGAAACAGCAGCAGCACUUAGUAAAGGCCCAAUAACUGCUGAAGAAACCAGCAGCAGUUCUUCUUCCUCGUCUUUGGCCAGUUUCACUUUGACGACGGCGUCUUCAGCACGGCCCAGCAGCCAAAGUAAUUACAAAUUCGGCGUCGGCGAAGUCUAUCAAAUAACCAGGAAAUCACUCAAGCCCCGCAAUCCAGCAGCUGCUGUUGCCAAGAAUCAAAUCAAAUCCAACGGAUUUAUUAUGCCGGCAGUUCCAUCUGCACUUCUCAAAACCAGAAACUUGUUCCACAAUCGGACCGUGACUCAAGAAGACAUCAACAACACUUUGGCGUUGCUGAGUCGGAGAUUGGAGGAAACCAAACAGGAACUGAGUGCGGAAGUCGGUGCGGAACAACACGUUGGCUACUGGAACGUGACACACCCCAGGCGUUUAUUGAUAGUCACUUCAUGGCGAUCGGGAUCGACUUUUCUCGGCCAAAUUCUCUCGGAACAUCCCGGAGUUUAUAACCAUUACGAGCCGCUCAUGCACGUCGGAUUGGAGCAGAUACGCCCAGGCGAUGUCAGAGCCGAUUCCGCCGUCCGGCACUUGCAGGAUCUCCUUCGCUGCAAAUAUUCCAACGAGGAUUUCCUGAAGAAGAUCCAGGAGAGCAUGCAGGACAUGUUGAGUCACAAUGCCCAGGUGUGGCAGGCCUGCGUCCUGGGACCCAAUCGCAACGUUUGCAGCGUCAGCAACUUCCUGGAAGAAUCCUGCCAUCGUUUCCCGACCUUGACGAUGAAAAUGGUCCGUCUCCGAUUGAACCUGACCCGCCAGUUGCUGGACGAUCCGUCGGUGAAGGUUCUUUAUUUGGUAAGGGAUCCUCGUGCUACAAUGAAUUCGCGGCUAUCGAGUGUCAAGUGGUGCAGCCAAUCGAUCGACUGCAUCGAUCCUGGCCGUCUCUGCGCCGAUAUCCAAAACGAUUUGGAAGCGUUCGAGUCGCUUUCAGCCGAGUUUCCAGACCGAUUAGCUUUGAUCAAAUACGAAACCAUGGCCAAAAGUCCCCACGCCACUUUCCGGGCUAUUUUCGACUUUGCCGGAUUAUUUUACACUCGAAAAAUCCGCGAUGAAGUCGAGAAACACACGUCGAGAGACGAGAACCAUCCGUGGAGCACGGUACGCAAAUCGGCCGAGCGUGUCGAUCUCUGGCGUCAGAAACUUGACAAUAAAAGCAUUUCUGACAUCCAAUCGGUCUGUUCCAAUGUCCUGGUUAGACUGGGCUACUCCCAACUGUGAUCUUCAUCGUAAUUCUGUUUUUUAAUUUUUAAGAUAUAAAUGAUACAACAUCGUACAAUGAAAAAUGUUUCUCGUUUUGUUUUAUGUUCCUAUGACUCUCCACCCCGUCUUAUUGUUAUUAUAUUUGUAUUUAAGAUUUCAAAGCGAAUUCAGCUGUAUUAACACAAAUAAAAUGAAUAAAAAUGCCGUGUGAAAAGUGAUAA